AUGCAGUCGUCGUCUUCUGCGUUUCUCUUGUUUUUGCAACGACGCGUAACCCUUCUCGCGGCAUGCUUGGGAGUGGCAGUAGCGUACGGUGUGUUUCAGAUCUUUUACGUGUACCACCGCUAUCUUGCUGCAUUCGAUGAAGGGCAGAAGUAUGUGAAUCCAGUACGAGGACGACAAUCAAUGUGCCACUGCUCUAAAAGCGCUGUAAAAACAAGGUGUUUAGGGUUUUUUUAUGCCGACGAGGUGGUGAACUACUCGCAGGUAGAAGAAACGGGGAAUGAAAUAAUUAGGUGUAUGAAUGAUAGAAGUAGAACAGGUUCAGAAUCAGAAGGUUAAAAAGGUGGAUAAUAACCUAUAAACGAAUGUGGAUCAUGCCCAAGAACAUAAACGAUCACUCAUGUCACUGCUUGCUUCACUUUUUACAUGUAGCCCUUGGAGCAUCAAGGUAGACGUGCUAGGUCAUACGUUUUUCACCACUUCUAGUGCAGCAGUGGUAAUUUUUUGAUCGCAUAUUGAGACCACGAAAGCUACGAAGAGCGCCUCCCUCCGUCUGUGGAAAAGGGAUACUUGGUCGCCGGCGUUGGCGAGGCUCUAGAUCUACUUCAGGACGAUGACGAUCUUCCAGCUCGCAGCUCCCGAGCUGCAUACAACGACUCGUCGGCCUCGAACAAGCGCUUUUUUGGCUCGGGAAAGUGGGGCCGCAGCAACGUGGUUGAUAGCGCGGAAAAUUUGUUCGAAGCGCUUGCAGAGGACUUUCUCAUUCAGCAUCCGGACCCCAAUCGCCUCCCACCAACCGCAGAUGCACUUCCACGAGGGGUGCUCUUGUCAGUUGUGGGAUGCGGUGGAACAAGCGCUCCCUCGUCUACUGGGCCUCUCCAGAAGUCUUCAACAAGUAACAGCGGAGCAGCCACCUCACUUGAACAAGAUGUCCAUGUGCGGCCGCCCGUAGCAGCUGCACCCACCACCACCAGCCUACUCACCACACUGCGGGCGCGGGACUUUUUUCCUCCCUCGCAGGUUUGCAGCGAUUGUGGUGGGGGAAGCGAAGAUGCCAUGUGGCUGCAGCUGGCCAGUCGAAGGUCGUUGACGGUCGCCGUCGCAGGUCCGGCGGUCGCAUGCCCGCCACGACAGGGAGCUGCUCGGGACACGACUGCCACGACUCCGUCGCUGGAUUAUUACGUGACGCUGACGCGACAGCGUAUCGCCGCACGGUACCUGCAACAGCAGAACCAGAUAAUCGCUGAAAGCGACAUUCCCCUCUUUCUGGUUCUGCAUCAAUGGCCCCGGGACGACUUCCUGAACUUUGCUCCACACGUCGACCAGCAAAGCAGUCACCCGCCGCCGGGUUCCCGAGCAGGACCACCUGUCGUGCUGCGCGGAGAGGACCGCGCCGGACGUGAAGUUGUAACAAAGAACGCUGAGCAGGGCGUGUUGGAUUCCUUGGCACAAACGAACUUCAGAUUUUCCUGUGUGGCUUUCGACCUGCAACAAGGCGAAAGCAUAUCCGCAGACAAGUUCGAGAAGUUAUUUGUGCGGUCCGCCCUGGCGAAUCACGUUCCCACUACUAAACGAAACGUCACGGUCCUGUGGCGGUACGAUAGUAGAACAACUUCAGCUCCGACUGUUGUACUCCCUACUGAGUCUGGAAAUAAUAAUGCCCACGACGUGGUCGACCAGGAGAGCAACCUGUUGUUUCAGCAUGUAUCAAAUGUAAAAAUGUCUGGGUCUAGAAGAAUGCGCGAUUUGUCAUGCUGCUUUUCCAUGACCCAUGAGGUCUGGAAUGCCGGACCUAGCAUGACAGAUUCUGUGCGAUCUUUCUCAUGCCUAUCCUGCAUGAGAAACUACCUCCCGACUUGGUCAAAAUUGGGCGACUUUUGGUAAUCAUGCAACAUAGAUUUUUGCAUGCUGCAGAUUUAGCACGACAAGUUGCAAUCUUCCAGACCCAGACAUUUUUACAUUGGAUAGCAUUUGAAUCUGAACAAUCGAACGCUGACCGCAGCCCUACUCUCUUUACAGGCUGCUAACAAGGGCGGCGGCGCAAGAACAUCUCUUUUUUCAGGGGGCUCCUCCGAGGAGGUGUCCUCUACCGCGCACGACCUGACGGUGAAAAAGUCUAAGUUGUCCUCGACGGAAAAAAUUAUACGCCCGACUACAUCUUCACGGCCACCAAGUUCGGGUGAAAUAGACAUGCCUGCUAUCAGUAUUUUGUCCCGGCAAGUUUUUGUCGAUGGUAGACUCGUGGAAGAUGACGCCGAAGCGGAACGAAGCUCACAAGAAGGAACAAACAGCACAACCGUCAACACUGCGAUGGCAAUAAACGCCCUAACAUCAACUACGGCAGGUGGAAAUAAGGAGACCAGCACGACGAGCAGCUCUGCCACAACUUCGCCGCAGGAGCCUCGUUACUUUGGUGGAAGUAGAUCACGCUCGGAAACUUGGAACCUGUACUUUCCGGACGAAGCCGGGAUGGUGGUCUUUACGGGCGCACCAACGCUGCAGAGCGGGUUGCUCCAUCCGUGGCAGGCCAAGCACGUGCACCUGGGUGGCCAAAAUGCUGUGCACCUCCAGAAGAGCCCCGAACUCAUCGCCGAACGGCUGCCGGCGCUGGGUGUGGACUCCGAGCGCCUGGCACAACAGAUUAUCGAUGUGCUCGUCGCGCACGAAGCUGGCUUGACUUCGAUUGACCGCCGCGACUACGCCCUGGCGGCGCUACUGCAGCACGAGCCAGCGUACGUGAAAAAGUCGCUCGUAGUACAGUGAAAAAUGCCCCCCACUCCUGAAUAAAUUGCAAAAAUUUGUGAUGCGAAGUUUCCAAAUGAAAACUUUUUGCCAUGCAUGAAAGGAGUAUGAAUCUUUCUGAUGCAGAUUCUAGGCGUGUAUCGCAUUGCUUGCAUGACAAGCGCCGUUCCUGCUGGGGUCUUUUGCAAUACAAAUUUUUGCUAUCCACGAUUGGAAACCUGUGAUGCUGAUAGAUGCAAGAGGGCGAAUGCUUCAUUUGGAAAGGUUUGCAACACAAAUGCUCCCAAGUUCGGGGGUGGGGGCAUUUUUCAUUGUAAUAGCUCGCGCAAAUCCUUCAUGGCCGCGAUGCGGAGUCGGUUUUUGUCGUGCUGGACCGUAUGGGAUUCUCAAAUGUUACAUUCUCAACUGUGACAUGAUUUAGAUUUGUCAUGCAGAAUUACAAUCAGCAUUGACACGGUCAAGCUGCUUUGCAUGACAAAUUCUCGAAGAGCCAAACAGGCUGAGAAUCUGCGCCGAAUCUGUCAUGCAAGACGCGCAAGGUCACCCCUUUGACUUUUGCCAUUCUUGCAUCACAAAUUCAUGCAACAGUUGAGAAUGUAACACUUGAGAAGGCCAUAGACCGGGAGUGUGAGUUAUGCUCUGCAAAAGUAUCGCACUCGUAUGAUUAAAUUGCACUUGCAGUCAUGCGUGAUCAUGAAUAAAACCGUCCUUUUCUUUUCUAAGCUGUUUGAAGUUGAAUCAGCAUAAUGCAUGAAGUACGUACUACUUUUGUUCUUGCCAAAAUAAAAAUUUGUGAUGUUGUUUCUAAAGGUACACUGUAGUGCGAUACUUUUGCAACGCAUAUGAGUCAGGUCGCAGCAUUUUUAGCCGAUAGAAAGAAAAACUAACAGAAUUUCAACGUAGAUUUUUUUUUUGUAUCUUCGAGCAGUGGCCGAGAUACUCACCCUACCCGGAUGAAACAAGAACGGUCGUGAAAGCGUUAGACGCCGCCUGAAGCUGAAAGUUCGCAAAAGGAAAAGCGUGUGUUUGUGUACUAUUCUAUGAAUUACUUACAUUGAUUCUUGUAAAGGCACAUUCAUGCGCGCCUCUGUCAGGGUUGGUGACGAUCAAAACUUGGUGCGCGACGAGGUGCAAAUCCUGAUCUAGUGCCCUUCCGCACAUCUCCUGCCGCCCUGCUGCGCUGCCGCGAGUAUGGAGAAUAUUUCAUCGCAUAGUCUGCCAGCAUGCAGCAAUGUGAUGUCACCG